UUAAUCCCCAAACCCAAACCCCACAAUCCAUAUUCACCGCAGCAUUUCAAGCAAAAAUCAAGCAUUUCAAGAAAAAAUCAAGUGAAAUGAAGCCAAAAUCAAGCAACAAUCAAGCAAAAAUCAAGCCAACAACAAUGGCAAGGAUAUCAACGAACAACAACAAAGAGAAACAGGGGUGCGUAAGAGGCAGAAAACUUACCAUUAACAACCAAGCUUCCUCUUCUUGGUAGAGAUACAAAUGGAGUUCCGAAUGAAAGUGGUCAGGAAAUUGGAGCAGCCAGUAGAGAUACAAUGGACGCCUCCUUCGGCAGGAUGGAUCAAAUGCAACACGGAUGGAGCCUUCUCUACCUUUACUUCCUCAGCAUCAUGCAAGAUCAUCUUUCUAGAUAGUAGCGCUAACCUAGUUGGAUGCCUUGCCGAGUCAGUGGGAGCCAAAUCAGCAUUGGAGGCAGAGGUCUUGGCCAUCAUUCAUGUAGUUCAGAUUGCUAGGAGUCGGGGAUGGAUGUCACUCUGGAUAGAGAUAGAUUCAAUGCUUUCCAUUCACGCCUUCUCUUAUCCUUCACUUGUCCCUUAUAGCUUAUCUAUUCAGUGGCUGAACAUGUUAUUUCAUGCGAGGUAGAUGAGACUUCGUUUCUCUCAUAUCUUUAGAGAGGCAAACGGAUGUGCAGAUAGUCUAGUAGGCUUUGGCCUUAGGCAUAGAGGUUACCAUUGGUGGAGUGUUGUUCCAUUGUGUAUCAUGACUGCUUAUUCAAGGGAUAGGGGAGGUCCACCUCACUUUAGAGUUCCUUAGGAUAAGUUGUAAAACACA